AUGCAGCUCCUAAAACCAGGUAUAGUUUUUUUUUCCUGGAGUGAGAAUCUUAAUGGAAAUUUUUAGGCGUCUACCGCGUGGACAUGUUGGUACUAUUCACGUAUCAAAUGUGCCACUUCUUCUCAAUCCAACAACUUUUCCCCAUUUUCCUCAACUACACGCCUAAAACGACCUGCGUCGGUUUGUGCUUUUUGAAAGAUGUUUUACCACAGAAAAUGAUAUUUUUCCUCGCACGUUCGUCAUUAAGGCAGUUGUUUACAGGCGAGCGCUGUUAUGUUGUUCCUAAAAGCAAGUGCAUGGAAUGCCCCGAUUGCGAGGACCUUUGUGCUGGUCUCAUUGGACAGAACAUGGUUCGUCAACUGAAUGCAAAAAUCUCUGAAUUUUCGAAAAAUUAUUUUUAAUUUUUUUAAUCAAAACUCACUUUUAGACGGAUUGCGUCGCGAAGUACUCUCAAUCCUACUAUCAGUCAGCCGCAAUGGAGUUUAAUAUUUAUUGCCGUCCUGGUUGGAAAGAGUGAGUUGCUGUAAAGUGGAAAAAAAAACAAUAGUCAGAAGAAAGACUUAAAAAAUUGAGAAUAAAACACAAGAAAUUAUUUGUUUCAUCUAUUUAUCUGAUGUAAUGCCGUGUUCCAAGUAAAUUCCGCGAAAUGCAAUAUCAUCUCUGACUUUCCGAAACUCAGUUACCUUUUUUUCUUUUUUUGCGGACGGAUAUUUUUGGAUUUCGCUAAAUAACUUUAAACACGGCAUAAUUUGCCUGAAGCAGUAGUUAUUUCAAUAAAUGAGAGUUUUUUACGGAACUUUUUCGAAUUUCGCCCGGAAACUUAUUUGAAAAUUAUGAUUAAAGUAGGAUUGUAAAGCGAGAAUAGAGAAAAAGUUAACGAAACCCUUUUUUUCCAACUCAGCCUAAACCCGAAAAGCGCAAAACGUGUGCGCCUAAUUUUGUCUUUUGUGGCAGGACAAAAACAUGAAGGAAGAAAAAAGGAGGCGGGAGAAUUGAACCCAGAGAAGUUUAACUGAAAUCUCUAUAACCUUUCAAUAUCAGAAAAAAUUUAGUAAUUUUCUGAACGUAGAGUUCCAGAUUUGCAACGAAAUUCAAAGGUUCAAUCCUAGAUAAAAACUUUUCAAGUUGUUAAGUAUUGUAUCGAAAUGAUAUUAAUAUUUAGGCUCGUUUUCAUCUUUUUUUUUUAUCAACGAAAGUGCGACUGAAUUUCUAUAUGUCUAAUUGAGAGAGAGAGAUUUUUGAAUACUUGAAAAAAAAAGUAUCUGCGGUCGAUUAAUCAGAUAUUGAAAAACUUCUCAAUGCUGUCAGUUCAGCUUCCGUCCGGCGUUCGCUCAGUACGUGGGAGUGUUGAUCGGGAACAUCAUUCUGGGAUACGUGGCCGACCGAAUGGGCCGUCGCAAGACUUUCAUCUUCUCGAUGCUCGUCGGAAUCCCUGCCCUCGCUCUCUCCGGUAGCCUUGUUUCGUUUUCCCUUGAAUGAUUUUCUCGCAGCUUCUUUCAACAGCAUCGCUGCCUUCUACUUCCUUCGCGCCGUCACUGGAAUCGGAAUCGCUGGUCAGAUAUUCUACCAGACCUUCUUUUAUCUCUGGUUCAGGCACCAUGAUCGUCGGAUGGGCGUAUUUCUCGGAGUUGGUCUCACCUCACCAGCGUUUCAAGCUGCGAACCUUCAGUAACUGGGUCGGUUCUUGUGUUUCCGUUGCUGGAACUCGUUUUGCGGUGCAGGCGAAUGCUCGCACGAUGCUGACGUUGGUCUGUCUUCUGACUUUGGAAUGGCGCAUGUCGUCCUACGUCUCGGCGGUCAUCUCCUGCCUCACUCUCGCCAUCGUUGUCUUCGUCCUUCCUGAAUCUCACAUUUGGCUCCGAAAAAAGGUUUUUCUUUUAGAAAAAUGCAAAGAUCUCACUUACAUUUUCCUUUGAAAACUUUUUAAAUUCAAGUUUUGUUAUCAUGAUGAAAUCGUCUUUUUAAAGGAUCUAUUAGCAAACAGAGAAAAGUGAGAUGAGAUUUAAAAAAACAAAAAAAAGUAGUUUUGAAACAGACUUCGUUCAAAAAAUCUAAUUAUUUAGGGUCGCUAUGAAGAAGCUGAAGAAAGUCGGAAAAAAACUCGCUGCUCUUUCCGGACUCACCUUUGAGCCCAGUAAGUCGUCUCUCAUCGAAUCCAUCAUUUCCAGUUUCUUUCAUGAAUGAAGAACUACUUUAGUUUUUUCUUAUAAAAACUGCUGUUCAUUAGAGAUCAAUAAGAAUUGUGAUAAGAUCAUUUUUAGUCAUUAAAGCGACUGCGAUAGAAUGACAACUUUUUCCUAAAGAAAAAAAUGAUUUAAACAUGCGCAAAACGCCUGUUUUUAGUUAGAAAUAAUUUUUUAUCUGAAAAAGGGAUGAAACGCAUGUUUUAUUGAAGGUUUCUCAUUCGAUUUUACUUUAAAAGGCAAAGAAACUUUUUUUCUUCUCGCUUCUCUAAUAAAACUCAUUUCAGUGCCGCCUCCGGUGAAAUCAGAAAAUGCUGAACCUGAAAAGACGGAGAACAUUGUUUCUGUCUUUAAAAAUCCCAUCUUGCGACGGAAUAUCCUCGUUCUUUGGGUCAUGUAAGUUUGCAAAACAACACAUACUUUUUUCGCCACGACUUGCAAAUUUUUUGCAGAGGAAAUGGAUCAACGCGUUUAGCGGUUCAGAUCUUGUGAAGUACAAUAAUCAAGUUUCUAAAAAUUUCUUCUUGGAUUUGAAAAGUCAUCAAACUAAUUUUUCGAAUUCUGGCUAGCUAGGUGAUUUCAAAAUUUUGAGGUGGUUCGUAACGGGAAUGACUGCCUACCUGACGGAUCUGUGUGGAGGCGACAUGACCAAAAACUUCUGGGUCGGCCAAUUUCUUUCUGGAAUCCUCCUUUCGGCCGUUCGUGUGGUUAGUCUGCCUGAAUCACUCCGAAUCGAUAACGUUUUCCGAUUUUCAUAUUCCACUUUUCUUUCAGGUGAUGGGAUUCGCCGACGGCUAUUUGCCUUGGAUGGGUCGUCGUUUCGUCCUUCUCGCUUCUCAGUUGCUCGCCGUGUUCUUCUUCUUCUUCGUGGUCGCUUUCCUCUUUCUGGAAGAGAAGGUUUCGAGAGAUUUAUCUUUUUUUAUUUCAAAAAACAAUGAGAAAAAUUUUCUUGAAGUUUUUAUAGAGAGAUCAUCUUUCUGAUAACUAUAUGUUUUUGAGGUUUUUUUUGCGGAGGACAUUUUAUCGAGUUUCGUUUCAAAAUUCUUCGUAUAGUUAAAUUUGUUUUCCUUUGACUUAACCUAGAUUUUUCUCAACCGUUUGAAGUUUUCAUUCGUAAAAAUGCUCUUAAAAAAUGUAGAAGAGGGUAUCAAAAACCUUCACUUUGAAUAGGAAAAGAAAAAAAAGUUUGCUUGAAAAAAAACGCCGGACUAUUGUUUUUCAAAAAGUUGUAGAAAUAUGAGAACCCUAAGGUCUUCUCAAAAAAACAUCUAUCCCUUUUCUAAACUUUCCAGAUUUGUUCAUGAAAUUAACUUGUAUUAAAAAAUAAAAGAAAGUAAUUCUUAGGGCGAAUGGUACUAUACGGCGACGUACUUGGCGGCCUUCGUGUUCACCUCCAUCGUCUGGGAGCCGUGCUAUCUGUGCGCCUCGGAGCUGAUGCCGACCGACGUCCGCGCGACGUCCACCGCCUCUUGUUCCAUCAUCGGCCGUAUCGCCAACAUCGGCGCUUCCAUGCUUGUCAGUCCUAGUUGAAAGAAAAGCUGAGAAAUCUUCUAUUUUCUGCUUGUGAACUUCUUUUAGUUCUCUCAGAUCUCCUAACGUAACUUUUCAAAGUUAACUCGUACUCCAGCUUUUCAUAGAGGGGGGGGGUUUGAAGUUUCAAUUUGAAAAAAAGGAAUAAAAAAAAGUGAGGCCGAGAAAAGCUGAGUGAAAAAAAGUUUUGAAUCAAGAAUUUAAAAAAAUGAAAUUUAGUUUAUUAUUUUUCAACGAAGUUUUUUUAUAUUUGCCUUAAAAAAACUUUAUCUUUAGAUUAUUCAAAAAAAUUUUUGCUUUUUGAUUUUUUAUCUGUCAAAACUGAGAUUUUAGAAAAAAAUUUCUUCAUUUCCUAAAGUUGGAAGUUGCUUCAGAGCGGCUUGAAAACGGUGUACGAACCGGGAGUGCACAUGAUCUCGAUCAGUCUUGGACUUGCCAACAUUGUCGUCGCCUACUUCUUCCUCGAGGAAACCAAGAACUGCAGCCUCGAAAAUGCCGGCAAAAAACGCGAGGAAAAAACGUUGGUUUUGAUGUUCUCUUCCAUUGAACCAUUGUAGCCGUCUAUUGUUUUUGUGGUCCGGUUCAAAGUGAGACUGACGUUUCAGAAGCGACCCGACGGAGAUGAAAGAUUUGCUGGCGGCCAACGAGCAGGAGCAGCGAAAGUGA